CCCCACCCCCUCAGAUUUCCCAGCCAAAGCAAAAGCCAGUCAGUGAGCAGGGUGCUUUGUACAGCCAAGGCACCCGGACUGGCCACUCUUCUGGGCGGGGACAGAAAGAGGCACCCGACCUCUCGGGGUGCACCCGGCUAGGCAGCCACCUGGCAGGGCCGGAUCCUGAGAAUAGCUUUCCGUUUGAACCUGGGACCAAGACUCCGGAGACGCUGCCUCUAGCCCUUGGGCACCCCCUGAGGUCACCCGGACCCCAACCAAGCGCGAGUACCGAGCGCGGCUGGAACUCCGCACAGCUUGCGGAAGCUCAGCGGCCCGACACGCUCUUUUCUGGCCCCCUCCUUGGAGGGGCGCGCGGGGGCCUGAAGAGGCACCUCCCGCCCGCCUGCCUACCCUCCCCUUUUUCCUCGCCCGCCCACCCGGCCUGCGCUGCGCGGCUCAGCGCUGCGCUCGGAUUCCAGGAGGGAAGUGCGGCGCUCAGUCCCUGGCGUCCUCAGUCCUGCCCCCAGAAGUGGAGAUGAGCGAGAGACAGGCGAGGGCGCGCAGCUCCUGAGACGCCGCGCUAGCCGGCACCAUGCGCCUGAGGCCGCUGCCCCUCGUCGUGGUCCCGGGCUUACUGCAGCUGCUAUUCUGUGAUGGUAAAGAGGCGGUGCAUGCCUCAGAAGGUCUGGACUGGGAAGACAAAGAUGCCCCAGGGACAUUGGUUGGAAACGUGGUGCACUCAAGGAUCAUCAGUCCUCUGCGCCUGUUUGUUAAACAGUCUCCAGUGCCCAAGCCAGGUCCCAUGGCAUAUGCAGACAGCAUGGAAAACUUUUGGGAUUGGCUGGCCAAUAUCACAGAGGCUCAGGAGCCAUUAGCAAGAACUAAGCGGAGGCCAAUAGUGAAAACGGGAAAAUUUAAGAAAAUGUUUGGAUGGGGUGACUUUCAUUCCAACAUUAAAACUGUCAAACUCAACCUUCUCAUCACAGGGAAAAUUGUCGACCAUGGAAAUGGAACCUUCAGUGUUUAUUUCCGGCAUAAUUCAACAGGCCUGGGCAAUGUUUCAGUGAGCUUGGUACCUCCUUCCAAAGUGGUGGAAUUUGAAGUUUCCCCCCAGUCGACCUUAGAGACCAAGGAAUCCAAAUCUUUCAAUUGUCGCAUUGAGUAUGAAAAAACAGACCGGUCAAAGAAGACCGCCCUGUGCAACUUUGACCCGUCCAAGAUUUGCUACCAGGAGCAGACUCAGAGCCAUGUGUCUUGGUUAUGCUCCAAGCCCUUCAAGGUCAUUUGCAUUUACAUUGCCUUUUACAGUGUUGAUUAUAAACUUGUGCAGAAGGUCUGUCCUGACUACAAUUAUCAUAGCGAGACCCCAUACUUAUCUUCUGGCUGAAUCUGUCCACAGUGAUAGAAAUGAGAGACUCAUGUAUAUUUAAUUAGAAUGAACAAGAAACAAGCCCAGCUUUUCAUGGUACAGGAUCCCUUUUGUUUCUGUCAGUGAACCAUAGUUUCCUAUCACGUUUUCAAAUUAAAAGAAAAAGAAACAUACUCCAAGGUGAAAUGUGUUUGUUUCUAUCAUAAGUACCUUUAUCUAAAGAGUCAAACUGUUUAUGAAAACCAUCCCUUUCAUGUGAGAUGGCUAAGAUCUAGAAAUAUUGUUUCUGUAAAAGCAGCAUCAAAGGUAGCCGCGUGGGGAAAGGAAGGAAGCCAAUUUCACAUGUGAUAGACAUUGCUCUUGAAAUGAGCCUGCCUUUGAAAUAUGUUUUGGAAAGUUACCUCAAAUUCGGUAAAGAUUUAGUAAAAUACCUGAAAAGAUGGUAUUUGAUAGAUGAAUUGUGUUUCUGAUAUGGAUUGCUUUUUUUUAAAUUGCUAUCUCUUUCCCCACAUUGGUGCCAGUAGUGAUAAGAGAGAUGAAGGGGUAAAAUUUGUUUCAAAACCCGUGUGUAAAGUUACGGUGCCACAGAGGAGCAACCUGAGCAGUUCAGUGGAAUGUGAUUCAGCAUCUACCUAACCCGGUGUUGGUCACCACCUUUAUGAUUCUCAUCUGAGUAAUAAUACUGGUGUACUGGAAAGCAAAUUGGGUACGUCCACUCAACAAUAAUGAAGACCAUGAUGUUUAUAGAGUCUUUUACCAAUGUUAAUGCUGCGACAUUAUCAGAAGCGACAUAAAAUUUGUAGUCAUCCUAAGAGCUUAUUCCCUCAUUCUACUCAUUUAAUGGUGUGAUUUAAUUAUCUACAUAUGUAGAACAACUCUGAAAUUGAGCAAAAAUGGUUGAUUCCUUAGACUGGAAUGGGAAAAAUAAAAAUGAAAGCUGAAGGAAGGAAUUCCAGGACUGUGAGUUCAUAAUCUCUAGCCUCUCAGAUUAAGUUCUCCUUUUUAUUUAGUUAAUUUUUAGGAAGAAGGAAGAAACUGUGGUAAUAAUGAGUUAUAUUUGAACAUUUCUAAUUAUUAAGCGCUGAUAUCCAAGAUACCUGGCUCACUUGGCUUUUGAAAUUACUUCCAAAUUAAUGUCACUUCACAACCAGUGCCCUUCUCUAAUUCCCUGAGGGGACAGUGGCAACCUGUAAGGUAGAACUGGAUGAUCACUGGAUUAGCACAGAAAGAGGAUCUGCUUGGCAAGGAAAGAGACUUCUAGAGCUCGGGCUUGUGGAAUGGUUUGCUAUUUACAAGAGAUGUUAACUUCUUUCCCCCCUUCUUAUCUGUAAAAUAUCAAUUAACGUAAAACAUUCAAUUGUGGACUAAAGGAAGAUAAGUCCUAACUGACAAAAAUGCCCUUACCACACUGUUCAGAAAGCCAACAACAGCUCUGUUCUAUAUUUUUACAUCUCCAUUCUCUUCCUGUGUGAUAUCUGCACAGUGUUCGAUUUUGUCUUUUGUAAAAAUUGUACUAGGCUUAGUGUGUGGUAGUACAGGCUUGAAGUUUUUGCUCUGAGUUCAUCAGGUGCUUUUGUAAUUUUGUGGUCGGUAAGUAAUAUUUUGCAGCAUCUUUUUAUUUUCAUCUAGAAACAAGAGUAGAAUACUAUUUAUUGUAAAGUACAUGGGAACCAUAUAUGUAUAUAUACUUAGAAUUUUCUGUGUACAGAGAAAGUGUGUGUACACAUUUCUAUGUAAAUAAAAAGAAUUUGCUAGAUCUCUCACAUGAUUUCAGGGUGGUUAUAUUUUAAAGAGUCUUUGUUCUUGCUUCUUCUCCAUGAUUUUCUCUCUCUCUCUCUCUCUCUCUCUCUGUGUGUGUGUGUGUGUGUGUGUGUGUGUGUAAUAUCAGUUGAACAGUAACAUUUUCCUAAUGUACAUUUUAAAUAGGGCAUCUCGGCUGUAGAGAUUAUAGAGUAAAAGAAUAAUUCACAUAGAGCAUAUGGUACAGAGCCUGACACUUAGUAAGGAACUAUAAAUGUGAUUGUAAUUACUACAACAUCAAAUGAGAUUUAAAGCUAUUUGAUGUUCCAAAGUUGAGAGAUAUAAACAUUAUUUCCAUGCAAAGGAAAAAUACCUCUGUAAAUUGAUUUAUACAAUCUGUGGAUUUUAGUUGGGUUUAUGAAAUUUUUUUUAAAGUUUCCCACAGGCAUAUUUUUAAAUUGGAGUAGAACAUAUGCCACAUGUAUUUCUAAGUCAUAAUUUCAUUUCCAAGCCUACGUAAUUGUCAGUGAUGGCGCUUGGCGCAGUAUAAAUCAGAUCCUAUUUAAACAUGCAAAUGCACACAUUUCUGCAAAGCCGGUCUUGCCUUUUAGUACUGCAGAUGAGGAAAAGGACACUUGGUUUUAGUAUAAGCUAAUUUUGCACCCAGUCAUAAAUUCUUCAAAAAUUAAGAAACACAAGUUUUUAGAAUUUACGAUUAAACUAAUGGGCAUAUAGAAACUAAAUAAAUAAAAGUGGUUAGUCCAAUGUCAACAAAGAGAAGAGUAAUAUUUUAAAGAGUGCACCUUAUACUGCUAUCACAAUCCCCUCAUUUGAAAUAAAGUUAUACCCAAGUCCUCAUUAAGGUAAAGAAUGCACCCAGUAGUGAAUGGCAAACCCAGCUGAAGUGCAUUUCUCCCGACUUCUAGUCCCAGGUCUUGUGUUCCAUCAGGAAGACAAAUUGAAGUAAGGAUUUCAGAUAACAAACAUAAUUACAGUGAGUUUAUAACAAUACAUUACCCCAAAACUAAAGAAAAACGAUUUGAAAUGGCCUUCCUCUAAAAUCUACAAGAUUGCAAUUUCCUUAAGAAUAAAAGAUUUUUACAAAUUGUAACUACAACCAUAGAAGAGUAAAGCUGAGAUAGAGGCAUUAAGGCAGGUGCAGUAGGUCAGGCCUUGUAAUCCCAAUGACUCCAGAGACUGAAGCAGGAGGAUGGCAAGUUAGAGGCCAGCCUAAGCAAUUCAGCAAGGCCCUAAGCAACUUAGCAAGGCUCUGUCUUAAAAUAAAAGAAAGGGAGUUAGGCAUGUAGCUGAGUGGUUAAAGUGCCCCUAGGUUCAAUCCCAAAUUCCAAAAAACUAAUUAAUAAAAAACUUAAAAGAUACAUUACAUCCAAAGAUCAGAGUCUUGGAAUAUUUUAGAGUUAUACCUGGUGAAGAAUUAAGAGCAAUAGAACACUACAUUUGGCAGAGUUUUCAGAUGGUUAUAGUACCUGAGAAACUAUUUUCAUGGAAAUUGGUAAGUUGUAUGAAAUAAUUAUUGAUUGCAUGAAGGACUGAUUUAACCUCAUAAAAAUAUUAAAUUAAUUGCCCAACGUGUAAAAUAGAGGAUAGAGUUAUAUAUAUUUUUAUUUGCAAUAAAACUAUAGUUAACCCAAAGUUAAUCAGAAAUUUUAAUGAAUGGAAACUUAAUAUGACCCAAUGUAAAAGACAAAUCACAGUAAAAUAAGCUCCUACUAGAGAUAUUUUUUCUUUUCUUUUAGUUUUUUUUUAUUAUUAUUUUUAUCUUCAGAAAGGUCUUCUAGAAGAUAUUCAAGGACCAUUUCAUAUUCACUGCAUACUGAGGUCUGGAACUCUGGGAACACAUCCCAUUCUGUUUUGCUUUAAUCUUCCUUUUUCUUAAUUCAAUUCAACUUCCUCCACAAAUAGUAUGUAAUCUAGGUCUGGGGAUGUGGCUCAAGAGGUGAUGCACUCGCCUGGCAUGCUCGAGGUGCUGGGUUCGAUCCUCAACACCACAUAAAAAUAAAAAAUAAAGAUAUUGUGUCCACCUAAAAAAAAUCUAGAGAAUAAAUAUUUUUUAAAAAAAUAGUAUGUAAUCUAUUCUCUAAAAGAAUGUCUCCUUCACAGCACCUGACAAAGUAUCUGGUUUGUAAUAGUGUAUUAAGAUUCUGCAGAGAAACAGAACCAAUAAGAUAUGUAUGGAUAUAUGAUAUUUAUUAUUUGAAUUAGCUCACACAGUUCUGGAGGCCGAGAAGUCCCAUGAUGUGCCACUGCAAGCUGGAGAGCUAGAAGAGCAGACAGUAUGAUUCGUCCAAGGCCAAAGGUGUAACCACUAGGAGCCCUCACGUCCAAGCAGAGGACACAUGAAUGUCUUUGCUCAGAAACAGCAAGAAAGUGAAUUUGUGUUUCCUCCACUUUUAUAUUCUAUCCAGCCCUCAAUGCGUUGUGUAAUGCCCACCAUAUUGGUUAGGGUAGAUUCUUACUCAGUUUACUGAUUCCAAUGCUAAUCACUUUCUGAAAUACCCUCAAAGAAACACCCAGAAUAAUGUUUUUCCAGCUAAACAUCAGAGUAUCCCAUGACUCAGUUUUGUUGACAGAUAAAAUUAACCAUCACAUGUAAAUUUUUGAUCAGCAUCUGUUAUUUGAUAUUUUCUUAGUCUCCAAUGUAAUAAAAUGUUUACUCAAGACCCA